CUUCGAAGUAAUUACAAUGUUAGAAACAACGUGACCGGAGGCUGCCACUGUACAUACUAUUGCCUCCAGCGAGGUAGGUGUGGUGGGGGGUUGACGUGCAGCGAGUUGACAUGCGUGCAGUUGCACAAAGGUGCCGGGUGAUUGCAGUGGUCAGCCACUAGCAUCUGCUUGAUCAUGUCGCCCUCGUCGCGCUGCAAAGGCUGGUGGGACCACCCGAUUGGAUGUGCCGCCGUUCCAGAGGGACUGGGGAUCUAUACUAUAUCAUAUGUGGGACUUCAAGCUGGUCUAACCGGUGGCGACGAUUCGGUGAGCGGCGUGGUCGACCUGCUCUUGACGGGUUCCAGCGUCGGCUUUCUUGGUACUGUAGCAACAGUGCUGUCACUCCACGCAUGCGCGUGCAGAGCAUACUGUCGACCGAUCGCAGUUGUGGUUGUUAUGGAGAAGUGAGACUCAUUGCGUCGAUCAAUGUCAUACCAGCGAUGCAUCGGCGACUGCGUUUGCCAAUGCAUUCUGCACGUACAUGCGUGAAACGGCGGCUCCGAUAUUGCUUCCAAGAAGCCGACGCGAGAACCCCCCAAGAGUAGGUGGACAACGACGCUCGUCCUGUCGUCGCCUCACACGCCAGACGACAUCGAUUGGAGCAGCUUGGAGCAACGACACGAUCAAGCGGGUAGAAGCUGGUGUGAGGCCCCGUGCGUCCCGAAGGGGUUGACUUGAACGCGUUGGUGCAAAUGCAAGAAUGGCCCAGGUUCCUCUCGAUGGUUG